UCUCCUCAAACUGGACGCACCAUCUCACUCUCCGGGAAUGGGAUCUUUACUGGGUUCAAAGAAAAACUUCCAGUUCUUUCGAGUUUACGCUCUGGAGAAGUUACUUUUCAAACUGCAGGGAUAGUUGUUACUGCAGGGUGUCCGCAGCAAAGAAGAGCCGCCGGCCAAUGAUCUCCAAGACGCACCAGGCGUUCUCUGACUGUCAGGGAGAGUUUCAGAUGCUGGGAAUCAGUGCAGCACCACAAAGGGGUCUCGAGUCCGUUUGAUUACGCAGAAAUCGUCGCAGUUUCAUUCCUAAGUUAAUGCGAGGCGUGCGUAAAAUACUUGUGCGUAAAGUUGGAGCUGUUGCGCACGUUCCAGUGUUAGUUAAAGUGGCGCAGCGCGUAUAAAAGACAGAUACUUUGCUUAAUAUCACAUCUGUGCGACGUGUUAACAACUUUGCAGUCAUGGCAAAAUGGUUCAGAGAUUUCCCCAUCAAUCUGAAGAACGGAAGCGAAAGGGUCCGCUCGGCUUCUGAAUCAGGUUCUCAACCUCGGACCAAACCUUCGUUUUCUCGAGACAGUUUGAAAGUUAAUCAAAGAAAGGAUGGAGGAGUUGGGGGGUUGUUAGCGGGGAGAAACAGGAAGAAUUCGGCUACGGAAUUGGGUCGUAACAACGCUGGGUCUGGUGGGACCGUCUGGGAGACUCUCACUUAUGGGAAAGGUCGCAAGAACUCCAAGAUCGAGGCCACGGGGACACCAGACGAGAACCGCCAGGUCAGGACCUCGAGUCUGGCGCAAGCGUACAUCAGCAGGAUGAUUAAAGUGGACAAACAAGACAAGACCCCCAAACUCAACGGGAUCAGUGAGAAGAAGCAGCCGGACAACGAGAAGAGGUCUGACAUCAAGACAACGCUGAUUAUCCUGGAGGACUACGCCGAUCCUUUCGAUGCAGAGAAAACCCGGGAGCAGAGGGAGGCUGAGAGAGCCGGAGAGAAUGAUGGGUACAUGGAGCCCUAUGACGCCCAGGUCAUCAUUACAGAGGUCCGCAGACGUGGCUCCAAAGACCUCUUGAAAGUCUGUGUCCUGCUGGACCGCGGCAACAGAGAGAGGAAGGGAGAAGAGGGGAAGCCCUCGCCUCCAAACAUCUACGACACGCCAUAUGAGGGCGGACUGGAGGGCGAGAGCGAGGGGGUGUGGAUCCCUGUCACACGGCCGGAGUCUGACGUCCGUCCCGCCGGAGAGUACGAACUGCCCUGGGAGUGGAGAAAGGAGGACAUUGUCAGAGCGCUGUCAGCUCAAUUCGAGGCCGUGGAUUGUUCUCCCACUAAAGAGAACAGUUCGGCCUCCAGCCGCCAGCAGCAGCAGCAGCAGCAGCAGCAGAUGCAGAUGCAGCAACAGCACACCCUGAGACAGAAGAACUGGAACCAUAAAACCCUCAUCUGCUCUUCUCCGUCCUCCUCCUCUUCUCCCACCUUCCCCUCCUCCCCUAUCCUCAAACUUUCCCCUUUCACACCCCCGUCUCCCUCCUUCCCCACCCUCAAACUCUCACCUUCAUCCAGCCCCAUUAAACCUUCACCUCCAUCCCCUACCUCCCUCUGUGCCCCACUGGAGGGGGAUGAAGCUAAAGUGGACCCCGGCCUGCCCCUGGAGAAGCAGAGCUGGUACCAUGGCAGUGUGAGUCGGCAGCAGGCUGAGGCUCAGCUGCAGCGCUCCAGGGAAGCCAGCUUCCUGGUCAGGGACAGCGAAUCAGGAACCAGCAAGUACUCCAUUGCUCUGAAGACCAGUCAGAGCUGUGUGCACAUCAUUGUAGCCCAGACCAAGAGCAGCAAGGGCCUGGGCUACACACUGAAUCAGAGUAGCUGCAUCUUCUCCAGCAUCCCCGAGCUGGUCCACCACUAUUGCACACACAGACUGCCUUUCACUGGAGCCGAGCACAUGACCCUGCAGCAACCUGUGCCCAGGCCGCACUGACCAUGCAUAAAAGGACAAACACACACACUGGAACACACGCAUACCAUGCACAGACACAAGCACAAGAACGUAUGACACAUUAAUGCACAACUUCACACAUAAUGCAUGUGUACACAUACAUGCAUACUCAAAGAUGUGCUGCUUUGGAUUAAGAAGUUUUAUUUAAGGUCUCCCAAGUGCUACCUAGUGGUCAAAAUUGGAUACUACAAUAAAUACGUAUCACAUUAUUAUUGUUUCCAAUCUGAAAUAAACCCACACGCACACAC